AUGGACGAAUUGAUUCGGACGCUUGUGACCUGUGCAAAGAUUAACAUUUGUAUUUGCUGUGUCUUUGUGACCGCGUUGCUACAUAUGUAUACGAGGAUCCUAAACUCCAAGACUUUCUGCCACCCGAAUCUCCGCUUCCUCCUCCUCUGCCAACCGUGGGCCAAUUGGAUCGGCAUAUUCUCGAAAACACUCUGGAAUCUGAUUGAUCUCUUCGCGAUCCCGUGCGAGAAAACGUUCUAUCAAUUUAUCCAGAACCUAACGCUAAUGUCCGUUGUUAAUGCGACAUGCAUGAUGUUGCCCAUAUCGUUUGAACGCUUGAUAGCGACGGCUUUCCCGGAAAAAUACGAUCUCUCCAACUUUCUUUCGCUCGGCGUUUAUUCACUAUGCUUUCGCCACGGUGGUGUGUAUCAAGAAUUCACGAAGGAACUCUUCUACUUUUGGAUUGCGAUUCUGGUUUGUGCGCAGAUGGUUUUGACGGUGUUGGCGCACGAGGUGCCGAAGCAGGAGCUGUUUCGGAUGCUUGGCCGGCAGACGAUUGUUGGGAGUGACAAGGCUGUGCCCCUCUCCAUCAACGGCGAGCGGAUGAUCUUCACCCCCGCCGAAGAGCGAGAACGAUAUUUUCGCAUGUACACCCAGGCUCACGAUACCACGGCGAAAGGACAAAUUAGCACCUGGCAGCUCGUGGAUAGCACUGGGAGUCGCCAAGUUCCUGCACAAACGUUGCCAAUGCCCGAGUUGAUGGUGUUUUUGAUUUGUGCCAAGGUCAUCAUAUGCUUUUCCUUGAUUUUCCUGACCAUAUUGUUACAAAUCUAUACACGAAUUCUCAGUCGAUACCUAUUCCGAAAAGCCGUCGCCAAGAGGAGCACGUCGUUGGCGGAGAGAUACCAGACCCUGGAAAGCGUCCGCUCAGCUCAUCUACUAAAGUACAUCUCCAUCUACAAAACCACCACCAACUUUCUGUCGUUUUUCCUUUAUUUCCUGUGCUUCAACGUGGCAGCGGAUGUAUCAGAAUUGACCGCCGACAUGUUCUACUUUUGGAUUGUUGUCCAGGUGAGUGCGCAGAUGGUUUUGACGGUGAUGGCUCACGAGGUGCCGAAGCAGGAACUAUUUCGGAUGCUUGGCCGGCGGACAAUCGCCGCCAGCGAUAAUUCGGGGGUUGGUAAUGUGGCC